CGCUAACCCAAACCCUUAUCUCUGGCCCUAACCUAGCCCUAAAUCUUUCUUUACGAUAAAAACCAAAACUUGAGGGAAAAAGCAAGCAAGCGGAAAAAUAUCUACCUCUCCUUUGCUAAAGAAUCCCCAUUCCACUUCGGCCGGUCUCAAGUCGAGAAAUCUUUGAGAUAAAAAUUCGGUUUUUUUUUUUUUUUUUUUUUAUCUCCCUUCGGGUCUAUAAGAAUGCAUGCCGUCUGCUCUGAAACCUUAGACAUGGCCAUCCCCUGCCCCCACCUCCUUUAUUCCGAGACGCCCCCCGUUCUGGCAACCCUGGCCCCGCCGCCGGAGGUGAAGCCGCCGGCCGCCCCGACGCAGGAUGACCUAAAGCGCAUCGCUGCCCACCGCGCCGUAGAGCUUCUGGAGUCCGGCAUGGUCGUCGGCCUCGGCACUGGCUCCACCGCCGCACACGCCCUCGACCGCAUCGGCGAGCUCCUCCGCCGCGGCGUCCUCCGCGACAUCGUCGGCAUCCCCACCUCCAAGAAGACGGAGGCGCACGCCGCCGCCGUCGGCAUCCCCCUCUCCGACCUCCACGCCCAUCCCAUCGUCGACCUCUCCAUCGACGGCGCCGACGAGGUCGACCCGUCCCUCAACCUCGUCAAGGGCCGUGGCGGCUCCCUCCUUCGCGAGAAGAUGAUCGAGGGCGCCAGCCGCCGCUUCGUCGUCAUCGUCGACGAGUCCAAGAUGGUCCCCCGCCUUGGCGGCAGCGGCCUCGCCGUUCCCGUCGAGGUCAUUCCCUUUUGCUGGGGUCACACCCUCGGCCGCCUCCGUAUUCUCUUUGACGGCGAGCCCGGCUUCGAUGCCAAGCUCCGACGUGCCGCCUCCGCCGCCGGCGAUGGUGGGAAAGACGAACCCUUUGUGACGGACAAUGGGAAUUACAUUGUGAAUUUAUUUUUUGACAAUGGGAUCCAUGGCGAUCUGGAUCUGAUCAGCGACAAGAUAUUGAGGAUCACGGGGGUGGUCGAGCACGGGAUGUUUCUUGGAAUGGCGUCGUCGGUUAUCAUUGCCGGCGAGGAUGGGGUGACGGUGUUGGAAAAGCAGUAGGUGAGGUGACGUGAUUUGAUUACCCAUGGAAGAAGAAAGUUUUGAUUUUUAGUUAGACUAGAUUAUAUAUUGGCCUUCAGAAGGAACUAAUGGUUAUUUCCCUUUGGAAGUGGUGGAGAAUUUUCUUGUAUUUGGGACAUUUCAUGCCAGGGAAGGAGAUGUUAUUGUUCCAGGCAGGGAAGAAAGUUAAAACUUUCAUGGAAUUUUCCAUGAAUUUUUGUUGGCAAUUAAUUCAGUAUAAUGGUGUUACAGUGAAA